AUGGCUUAUGCCCAAAAGAUUAUGGGUAUAGAUGUCUUAUUUCCAUAUGAGAAGCCAUAUAAGUCUCAAGAAGUCGUUAUGGAGAAGACAAUCAAAGGAAUUGCUUCAAAUCAUAACGCAUUAAUUGAAUCUCCAACUGGAACAGGCAAAACGUUAGCACUUUUGAGUGCUUCUCUAGCAUAUCAACAUGUUGAUCCGAAACUUGAUUCUAUUAUCUACACAAGUCGUACACAUACUCAAUUAAAACAAGUAAUUAGCGAAUAUAAGAGACUUCCUUAUAAAGUACAAAUGACAGUUCUUGCGUCAAGAAAACGUUUAUGCAUUAAUGAUGAAGUCAGAGAGUCUCCAAAUACAGAUAUCAACUGCUAUAUCUUGACACAUCCAAAAACAGUCAACGGUGUUACACAGGAGCAAUGUCCGUAUUUCGUACAUGCACAAGUCGAAAAAGCUCCACGCUCUCUCACUAUUGAAGGAGAUUUACCAAAAUUUGAUCUUGAAGAGUUAUUUCAAUACGGGAAAAGACAUGCUGCAUGUCCAUACUAUCUUGCAAAAAACUUAAAAUCAUCAGCAAAAAUCAUUUUUAGUCCUUACAAUUAUUAUCUCGAUACAAUCUUUUCUUCUGAGUUUCUUACAAACUCGAUUUUGAUAUUCGAUGAAGCUCAUAACAUUGAAAAUGCAGCUCGUAACAUUGCUACCUUUAAAAUGCCAUUCGAACUCUUAACUCGAAUCAAUAUCAGCGCAAAACAAAUUGCUGAGCGAAAAUCUGAUCGUUUCGGAGUCAAAAUAUACAAUAAUAUGAUCAAAUUAACCAACAGUUUCCUCGAAUUCAUGUUACAACAAUGGGAAUAUUAUUUAAAACGAAAACAAGUAGAAGGGAAGACACAUAUUGCAUAUCAUAACCUUUCUCACAUCAUCGGACCUGAUGUUUCGGCUCUUGGACAUGAUUUUGUCGAUUAUUCAAAUCCGGAAGUAGCAACACCAACGAAUUCGAUACUUUACGACCCACCAGAGUUGAUAACAUUUGCUAGUCAACUAGGCAAAUGCUUGAAACUUAUUACUCCUCAAAAACAAGAAUCAUUUGUUUAUAUCUUUGUUCCUGGAGAGAAUAUCAAUGCAUCAUCCUUCGAGAUCUCAUGUUUGGAUCCAUCAGUCGUAUUCGAACAAGCUGGGAAAUCAGCCAAAUCCAUAAUUCUCGCAUCAGGUACUUUAAGUCCACAACAAUCCUUUGAAUCUGAACUUGGUUUACCUUUUCCCAUAAAAGCUUCGGUUCCUCAUGUCAUUUCACCUGACCAAGUAAAGCUUUAUCAGAUCGUUGGAACAAAUGGUCGAAGAAUGACUUCACUUUUUGAUGAAAUGGAGAAGAGGGGUAAGCAAAUAUUAUUAGAUUUCGGUCGUGGUGUCCUGAGCAUCGUUAAAAACACUGAUGGCGGUGUUUUAGUCUUCAUGCCAAGUUAUGCAGUGAGAGAAAAGAUGAUGAAGGUAUGGAGAAAAGCCGGAAUUGCAGAACAGAUAUAUAAGGAAAGAUGGAUCUUCAACGAAGAACAAGGAAAAGACAUGAAAAAAGUUAUUUCUGAUUAUAAAAAUUGCAAAGGAAGGGCAGUUUUAUUCGCUAUAUGCAAAGGAAGUAUUGGUGAAGGUAUAGACUUCUCUGACUACCAUGCAAGAGCCGUUGUUUGCUUUGGAAUUCCUUAUCCACCGUCAAAAGAACAAGAAAUUAUACAAAAAAGGCUUUUUAAUAACAAGAACAGGCCAAAGUAUAAUGGUAAAUUGUGGUACAACGGUCAGGGUAUGAGAACUUUGUUCCAAGUCCUUGGAAGAGUAAUUCGACAUUCCCAAGAUUACGGAGCUCUCUUUGUUUUUGAGGACAGAUUGCAUCCACAAAGAGACUUUCCUUCAUGGAUGACGAGAAACAUUGAACAAACUUAUAAAACAGCUGAUGAAGCAAUUAAUGAUUUCAUUCUCUUCCAACAAAAGAUGAAAUCAAUGUUCGAUGGUAAGCAAGAAAUAGACUACAACCAGUCAACACCGAAUUACAUCCCAUCAGCCCUUGUCAACACCCAAAAACCUCAGAAUCAGUCACUCGACCAAAAGGGAACUUCCCUCCUAUCAUCUGACGAUCAAAAACCUCUCAAUCAAAAUUCAAUAGUUACUCAGUAUAUCAGCGACCAAAUUCGAUCAUGUUCGAAUCAAGCACCUUACAUGUCAACACCAAUUGUAAGAGAACAUCCAGUUCCUCCUCCUCCACCUAAAUACAAUCAACAAAACACUGCUGUUGAAAACAAACAGAGUCCAAAAACAGAAAAUAAGAACAUUUUUGGAAAAUUCUAUGAUUUAUGUAAAUCACUUCUUGGAACAACACAAGAAAACAACAAUAACAACAAUAAUAAUCAAGAAAAUGAAGAAUUGGUUGAACAAAAUGUUGAAGAAAGUCCAGAACCUGAAAGGGAACAAGAAUCACGUAUUGUUGAUGUGAUUGAUCUUGUUUCUUCAUCAGAUGACAGUGAUGAACCAAUAUAUAUUGGUGAUGAAGAAGAGGAUGAACCAAAAAUUGAACAAUCGGUUCCAGAAAAGAAACCAAAACCAUAUCCUUUGGAUCAUGUUCCAACAACUCUUGAAACAAUUAGAAAUUCUUAUUUACCGACAUUGACAAAUAUUCCAUGGUUUGCGGAACUUUCCACUUCAUUUGGUUUCCAAGAAUUGCUCGCUCAAGAUGAUUUCAAAUACGCUUUCUUUGACAGUGAUUUCAUUGAUUCACUAGAAAGACCUGAAAUAAGAAGAGAAAUCAUGGAAGGAAAAAUGCCUUCUUCAAUUCCAAAUUUCGUAAAAGAUCUAGAACCUCAAAAAUUAGAAAUUCCUCUCAGAUUUGUGAAAAAUAAUAAUUCAACACCUGUAAAAGCUGAACCUCCUGUUAAAAACUCAAAUAGAGUGGCAAAACUUGAAAUGCCUCCAAAAAGUGAUGUCAAAUCUGUCAAAACCGAAACAAAACCGAUAAAGCCAGUCACGCCCGUAAAAAGUGAAGUCAAACCUGAACCAAAACCUGUCAAAACAGAAACCAAAAUAAUACAUGUUAAAAAUGAAACAAUAAAACCUACCACGCCUGUAAAAAGUGAAGUCAAAACUGAAACAAAAAUUGUCAAAGCAGAAACACCUGUAAAAAGUGAAUUUAAGCCCAUAAAAUCCGAAACAAAAAUAGUUAAAGUUGAACCAAAACAUGUCAAAGCAGAAACAACUCCUGUUAAAGCUGAAACAAAACCUAAAAUAGAUCCAAAAAUAAUUCAUUUCAAAAAUGAAAUUAAAAAUGUCAAAAGUGAAGUGAAACAAGAGAAUGCGUUAACCAUUGUUGCUCCAGUAGAAAGCAAGCCAUUAUCAUCUGUAAUUAUUCCUAUAACUAAUCCUGAUCCACAAACAAAAUUUGAACAAAUAAAAAAGGAUCACAAUAUUACUCCAUCACAAAUUCAUCAAAUUUCUUCAUCAACUGUUGUUGCUCGUCCUCCAUCGAAUCCUUCUUUGCUUCCUCAACAACCAACAACACGACGAAUCACUCCAGAAACUCAUCAAAAAACAACAGUUUCUCAGCAAAAUGUUCAACAGAGAUAUACAUCAAAUUCACAAGCUUUUAAUCCACAACAAAAUUAUGUUUCUCAAUCAAACAACACACAGAUUUAUUUAUAUAACCAACAGAACUAUCCAAUGCAACAGAACCAGCCAUUCAUUCCUCAACAACAACCGCAAGCAAUCAAUGGUUAUUAUCCUUAUUAUAACUAUAACCAAUUCAAUCCUUAUUUGCAGCGUCCUCAACCAGUUCCUCCUCCUUAUUCUCCUUUCGCUCCUCGUAAUCCAGAAGUAAUUGCUCCUCCUUUAACUAAUAAUACUCCUAAUACAACAACAAAUGAUACAAAUAAGAAAUAUGAUUUGACAAUUUGUUGUAUAAAUUGUAAAUGUCAAUUAGCUGAUAUAAAGAGUAUUAAAGAAUGCGAAUUUAAGACACCAAGAAAAAUUGGAUACAUGGUUUUGGUUGGUGUUUCUAAACCUCCUGUUGUUUUCCAAGUUUCUAGAUCGAAUAUGGCGAAUUCAAACUUGGCAAUAGGAAAAGAUGAAUAUUCUAAUGAUGAUAAAUGCGCUUACAACAAAGUUUAUUGUAAGUGUGGAAUGUUACUUGGAGCAUCAAUUAAAGCUGCUUCAAAGAAAGAUUUUAAUGAUGUCGAAUCAGUAAUGUUUUUGGCAUCAAAAAUUACAGUAAAUAUGUGCGGUAAACUCGUUUCUCUUACCGCAUUGAAUGAAGUUUAG